UAUAUCUUAUAUCUUUUUAAACCUUAUCUUUUAUAUAUAAUUUUUAAGUCAGUAACGAAGUGUAAGAUUUGAAAAAAGGAAAUUUAAAUUCAUUUUAUAUUCAACCAGCUCGUUAACUAUAUAUCAUUUCGCUAUUCAAAUACUGGAAUUUUAUAACAAAUGCUGGAUAUAACGAACACAUUCUGUUUGUUUGGAGUUGUUGGCUAUAUGAACUGGAAUUUACUGACUAACCCUGAAUGAAUUAGAAGUUGAUAAUGCCUGACAAGCAUCUUAGCAUCAUCAGCAAAUAUCAAAGAUCUGGAUGUCGGCAACACACGUUAUCGUGUAUGGUUAUAUUAUGCUUAUUUAUACCAUUGCUCUCAUCCGUUGAUUCUGUUACCAUGACAGAGGAAGCUUCGACAUUAUCAGGUCGGUCUAUUUUCAUGUACCUACCAAUGACAUGGAGGAGCCACCAGGUCAUAUUCCGGUCUGUUGCUGAAGCGCUGACGGAAAGAGGUCAUCAUGUGACAAUGGUUGUAUCGGCCAAUAUGGAGUCAGAACUGUCUGGGCAAGCAGACAAUUAUGACAAACAGAUCACUAAUGGUGUGGUUAAUGAAAUUCGCAUACAGUUUAACAACAGCUUUUCACAACUAGUAUCUAUGUUGACGCAAGAUAUCUCCCAAAACGAAGGCAGCAGCUUUUACCGUGAAAUGCUGAUGCUUAAAACAGGUUUUGAGCUUAUAUCUAAAAGCAUUCGGGCCUGUCAUAUGGCCGCCCUCUCACAUUCUAUAAUGCAAGAGAUGUUGCAAGAAAACCGGAAAACGUUUGAUUUAGUGAUUGUCCCUGCUUUGUUCAACGAAAUUGGAUACUUCUUGGCUAAGAAAUUCAAUGCACCCUUAAUAUUGCUGAUGCCAUUUAAUGCAAAUCCAAUCCUCACUCUUGCUAUGGGUUACUCCGACAAUCCUGCGUUUGUGAAGUGGUCGUUCAACAAAAACGGUCAAAGUGAAACGCCUGGUUUUCUGACUCGUCUCAUAAAUUUCAUUUUCUUUAACGCGUUUGGUUCAGUAAAAACAUUAAUGUGGUUAGACACCCAGAAUGACGUCCUUCGCGAACUUAACUUGCUACAAAAAGACGUUUCUAUUGAUUUUCUACAGCUAGAGCGAAACGCAAGUUUCGGAAUGUACAGUACACAUUAUCUCUUUGAUGCUGUAAGACCAACGCUGCCAAACACUGUCGACAUUGGUUUUAUACAUUGUCGACCAGCUAGAGCUUUGCAAGCCGAUUUGGCCGAUUGGUUUGAUGAGGCGGACGAGGAAAUUGUAUACCUAUCUUUAGGUUCAAUUGUGAGUUUCGAUAGUAUUGACGAAUCAAUUCAGAAAGCUAUUACUGGUAUAUUUGCCGACACGAAAUAUAGAUUUCUGUUAAGAUCAUCUACCUUCAAGUCUGAUCAACGAAAUGUCAGAACAUGUGUCUGGUGUCCUCAACAAGACAUUUUGGGACACCCAAAAGCUGUAUUAUUCGUCUCACACGGUGGCCUGAGGAGUAUAGAGGAGACACUCUAUCAUGGUGUUCCUAUAUUAAUUAUGCCUUUCUUUAGUGCAGACGGAUUAUCUAAUUCAAGGCGUGCUGAACGCCAAGGAUAUGGUCUGACCUUAAAUAUAUCCCUGAACCGGGCGUCUGGCGAGAUAAGUAGACAUUUGUUGCAUAAGAUUGACAAAAUGCUGGACAUAAAUGCUAACUAUACCCUCAGAGCUAAACAACUUGGUAAUCUUGUCCGCGAUGAUAUACGUACACCUGCUGAAAAGGCUGUCUUCUGGAGUGAGUACGUCAUGCGACAUGCCGGCGCUGAUCACAUAAAAUCGCCAGCACGAACUCUGGUAUUUUUCAACUUCUUUAAUGUCGACAUAUUUCUGUUUUUCGGCGUCAUGUCUUUUCUGUUUAGUUUAUUUUUGUUCUGCGUUCUAAGAGCUGUGUUAAUCAUUGCCUGGAAACUAACGCUGAAAGCGUUAUGUGGAAUGAAAAACGUGAAGCGACAUCUUAAGCAAGAUUAAUUCAGUUCCUGAAAUGUAAAGUAAAAAAAAAAUGAAUCAACGUAACCAGAUUUUCGUCAAAGAACCAAAUGUAACAGCGACGCGCCGGUAUUUGUUGGAUGCUGGCAAAGAAGUACGCAAUAACCCUUAAUAUCAUGUCAGAAUUGGAAUAAUUUAUCUCAAACAGUGAUUUUCCCUUGAAUAUAGAUAUUGAUUAUCGUUCUGGUGGGUAUAUAAAUUAUUAAUUGUUCGUAUCUUAAGUUCAAACAAUGACCUUUUUAACGAUAAAUCACUGUCUUGGAUAUAUAUUUUUUUAAGGAGUGUGACUAUUUCAUGAAGAUGUUAAAUGCUUAGGACAUAUUUGAACAUAGAUUUAACAACUGCA